CUUCCAAUAUUAGAAAGAAGAGUUUGAAAUCCAGUACCAAAGGUCCAAAACCUCGCAUCUCACCAUUCUUUCUCUUUUCUCUCUCUCUCUAGGACUCGGAGGAGAGAGAGUGACGUAAUUAUGAGGGGUUCGGGUUUGGAUCUAUUCGACCCGACGACCGCCGUGAUGGACUCCGACGAUAACUCGUCGCCGGGCGGAAGCCGUGACCCGGAUUUCGGCUUCGCUUUCAACGACAGCAACUUCUCCGACCGACUUCUGCGGAUCGAGAUUGUCGCUGAUCCAUCGGAGUCUCAACCGGAUUCCGACGCUUGCCAAACCCUAGCUGGCUGGGCCGCGCGCAAAACCAAACGACGUCGUGCCGAUAUUGCCAAAAAGGAAAAUGACAUGUACCACUCGUUUGCAGCUUUGGAUAUCAACAAUUGCCCUGAAGAGCAGAUUCUAGAUUGUGAAUCAGAUGCCGACGACGGAUUGGGUGACGCGGACCAUGAUGAAGAAGAAAUUCCAAUGAUUGAAGAUUCCCCGUCAGGCGACGAAGCUGCAAAUAGUGAUGAUUCAAAUUGGUCUGGAGACGGGUCACGAGUUCAAAGAGUUAAAACUCUACAUAUUAGCUCUCCCAUCUUAGCAGCAAAAAGUCCAUUUUUUUAUAAGUUAUUCUCAAAUGGUAUGAUGGAAUCAGAGCAGAGACAUGUAACCCUGAGAAUAAAUGCCUCUGAGGAAGCUGCACUGAUGGAGCUUUUGAAUUUCAUGUAUAGCAAUACGUUAAGCACGAAUACAGCUGCGGGUAUAUUGGAUGUACUUAUGGCUGCAGACAAGUUCGAGGUAGCUUCGUGCAUGAGACAUUGCAGUCGUGUACUGAGAAACAUGCCCAUGACUCCAGAAUCAGCAUUACUAUAUCUCGAUCUCCCUUCUAGUGUUUUAAUGGCUGAUGCUGUUCAACCACUCACCGAUGCUGCAAAACAGUUCUUAGCUGCUCGCUAUAAAGAUAUAUCAAAAUAUCAAGACGAGGUUAUCAAUUUGCCUCUGGCUGGAAUCGAGGCAAUCUUGUCGAGCGACGACCUCCAGGUGGCAUCAGAAGACGCAGUGUAUGACUUUGCAGUAAAAUGGACAAGAACUCACUACCAAAGACUCGAAGACAGAAAAGACAUCCUCUGCACACGUUUAGGCAGUCACAUCCGUUUCCCUUACAUGACUUCCCGAAAGCUAAGAAAGGUUCUCGCAUGCCAAGACUUUGACCAAGACUUUUCAAAACAAGCAGUGUUAGAGGCCUUGUUCUUCAAGGCAGAGGCCCCACACCGUCAGAGAACUCAAGCAAUCGAUGACUCAUCAACCUCCACGAGCCGUAGGUUUGUUGAACGGGCCUACAAGUACAGGCCCGUUAAGGUUAUCGAGUUCGAUCUGCCACGUCAGCAGUGCGUGGUGUACUUGGAUCUCAAAAGGGAAGAGUGCUCGAAUUUGUACCCAUCUGGUAGGGUUUAUUCUCAGGCUUUUCAUUUGGGCGGACAAGGGUUCUUUUUGUCUGCACAUUGUAAUAUGGAUCAACAAAGCUCGUUUCAUUGCUUUGGGCUGUUUCUUGGGAUGCAAGAAAAGGGUUCGGUUACGUUUGCUGUUGACUAUGAGUUUGCUGCGAGGUCAAAGCCUUUGGAGGAGUACAUAAGCAAGUAUAAAGGUAACUAUACUUUUACGGGUGGAAAAGCGGUGGGGUACCGGAAUCUGUUUAAUAUUCCGUGGACUUCUUUUGUUGCCGAGGAUAGUCUUUAUUUCAUCAAUGGGGUGCUCCAUCUUAGGGCGGAGCUUACUAUCAAACGUGAAAUUACGACUUAGUCCCUUGAUUUCUUGAAACCCUCUUGUCUUUUUGUCGAGCUCGUUGUUUUGUUUUGUAGUUGAGAGAUGAUCAGUGUUGCAAGAGCUGGAGCAUGGAUUUUUUACUAACUACGAAAGCUGAAUGUACCGUAACCCCAGGUGCCAAUUCGACACUAUACAGAUUCUUGUGAUGAUGCUAUGUUUGUAUAUAGGGUUGCUGCCUUAGUUUUUAGGAGUGUUCUUUUUCUUUUUCUUUUUCUUUUUUUUUUUCCCCUUUUUUUUCUUGCUUCCACAGAAAUAAUUGAGAUGUGGAUUUAUCCUCUUUUUGUUUGUGUGCGCGUGGGCAAAAUCUCAUUCAUAAAAUGUGUAUUUGUUUUCUUCUUUUUCUUGCUGUUAUUUUGUUUGGAUGCUGCAGCUUGGAAAAACAAGUUGGAAGUGUUGUUUGGAUUUUUAGAGUUUAGUGAAGAUGAUGUAUUGUGCUAAAGAAAUAAUAAUAUCUUAGACUA